AUGCCCAGCAACACCGCCCAUAUCCAGCAGCGUGCUCAGCUCAAGCAGCACGACGACCUCGUCAUCGCUACCGAUGAGCGCAGUGAGUGGCAAGAUGGUCAGAACGAGUUUGGACUGCCUUCAACUCCUGGAGUCCGCUCGAGACCUGCACCAGUAAGAGAAUGCGCUGUCAGCACCUUCUAG